AUGAUCGCUGAAGAUGAAGUGGUGCUUCAGUGCAUUGCGAACCUUCACAAGGAGCAGAGGAAGUUCUGCCUGGCGGCUGAGGGACUUGGGAAUCGGCUGUGCUUCUUGGAGCCAACUUCAGAAGCCAAGUACGUCCCUCCAGAUCUCUGGGUCUGCAACUUUGUGCUGGAGCAGUCCCUGUCUGUCAGGGCCCUGCAGGAGAUGCUGGCCCACGCGGGCGAACGUGGCGGCGAGGGGGCAGCACACGGGGGUGGUCACCGGACCCUGCUGUAUGGCCAUGCAAUCCUCCUGCGGCACUCUUUCAGCGGAAUGUAUCUAACAUGUUUGACUACAUCAAGAUCCCAGACAGAUAAGCUUGCCUUUGAUGUAGGUCUGCGGGAACAUGCCACAGGAGAAGCCUGCUGGUGGACCAUACAUCCUGCUUCCAAGCAGAGGUCUGAGGGAGAGAAAGUUCGAAUUGGAGACGACCUCAUCCUCGUCAGUGUGUCUUCUGAGAGAUAUCUUCAUCUCUCAAUAUCAAAUGGUAACAUACAAGUGGAUGCCUCCUUUAUGCAAACACUCUGGAAUGUACAUCCUACGUGCUCGCGAAGUAGCAUCGAAGAAGGAUACCUACUUGGUGGGCAUGUAGUACGUCUUUUCCAUGGUCAUGAUGAGUGUUUGACGAUACUAUCUACAGACCAGAAUGAUGCCCAGCACAGGAGGAUAUUCUAUGAAGCUGGCGGAGCUGGGGCACGAGCCAGGUCCUUGUGGAGAGUGGAACCCCUUCGGAUAAGCUGGAGUGGCAGCAACAUCAGAUGGGGCCAGGCUUUCCGACUCCGGCAUCUCACCACAGGCCACUACCUGGCCUUGACGGAGGACCAGGGCCUCCUGCUGCAAGAUCGAGGAAAGGCAGACACCAAGUCCACAGCCUUCUCUUUCCGGGCAUCAAAGGAGACCAAGGAGAAAUUGGAUUCCAGUCACAAACGAGAUAUAGAAGGCAUGGGAGUUCCAGAAAUUAAGUAUGGAGACUCUGUCUGCUUUGUCCAGCAUAUAGCCAGCAGUUUGUGGGUGACCUACAAAGCCCAGGAUGCCAAAACAUCUCGCCUUGGACCUCUAAAGCGAAAGGUCAUACUCCACCAGGAAGGCCACACGGAUGAUGGAUUAACCCUGCAGAGAUGCCAACGUGAGGAGUCCCAGGCUGCUCGGAUCAUCCGCAACACAACAGCCUUAUUCAGUCAGUUUGUCAGAAAUGAGGAGGAGAUGCAGCAUGAAGCCAAGCAAAACAAGCUCCGCUCCCUCAAAAACAGACAGAAUCUUUUCAAGGAAGAGGGAAUGUUGGCCCUUGUCUUAAACUGCAUUGAUCGCCUAAAUAUCUACAACAGUGUCGUGCACUUUGCAGGGAUCGUAAGGGAAGAGAGUGGGAUGGCCUGGAAAGAAAUUCUGAACCUGCUGUAUAGACUGCUGGCUGCUCUCAUUCGUGGAAACAGGAACAACUGUGCUCAAUUUUCCAACAACCUUGAUUGGCUAAUCAGUAAAUUGGACAGACUAGAAUCUUCCUCAGGCAUCUUGGAAGUUUUGCACUGCAUCUUGAUUGAGAGCCCAGAAGCCUUAAACCUGAUAGCAGAAGGUCACAUCAAGUCCAUCAUUUCCCUGUUGGAUAAGCACGGGAGGAAUCAUAAGGUUCUGGAUGUGCUGUGCUCCCUGUGUCUCUGCAAUGGGGUUGCUGUGAGAGCCAACCAGAAUCUGAUCUGUGACAACUUGCUGCCCCGGAGAAACUUGCUCCUCCAGACGCGACUGAUUAACGAUGUGACCAGUAUCCGCCCAAAUAUCUUCCUGGGAGUUGCUGAGGGCUCAGCCCAGUACAAGAAGUGGUACUUUGAGCUGAUUAUCGACCAGGUGGAUCCCUUCCUGACAGCAGAGCCCACACAUCUGCGGGUGGGCUGGGCCUCGUCCUCGGGCUACGCCCCAUACCCAGGAGGAGGAGAAGGAUGGGGAGGUAAUGGCGUUGGUGAUGACCUGUACUCCUAUGGCUUUGAUGGACUUCACCUCUGGUCAGGUCGGAUCCCCAGAGCUGUGGCCUCCAUCAACCAGCACCUCCUGCAGUCCGAUGACGUCGUGAGCUGUUGCCUUGACCUUGGGGCACCCAGCAUCUCCUUCCGCAUCAACGGGCAGCCAGUCCAGGGCAUGUUUGAGAACUUCAACACUGAUGGGCUCUUCUUCCCUGUGGUGAGCUUUUCAGCAGGUGUCAGAUUACAUUUCCUGAUGGGCGGCCGUCAUGGAGAAUUUAAGUUCCUGCCUCCCUCUGGCUAUGCCCCUUGUUAUGAAGCCUUACUUCCGAAAGAGAAGAUGAGACUGGAGCCCGUCAAAGAAUAUAAACGUGAUAUUGAAGGCGUCAGAGAUCUGCUGGGUACCACCCAAUUCCUCUCUCAAACCUCUUUCAUCCCAUGUCCCAUAGACACCAGUCAGGUUGUUCUGCCGGCUCACCUAGAGAAAAUCCGAGACAGACUGGCUGAGAAUAUCCACGAGCUCUGGGGAAUGAAUAAAAUAGAACUGGGGUGGACUUUUGGCAAGCUACGAGAUGACAAUAAAAGACAACAUCCCUGCCUUGUGGAGUUCUCAAAGCUCCCCGAAACAGAGAAGAAUUACAACCUGCAAAUGUCAACGGAAACCUUAAAGACCCUCCUGGCCUUGGGAUGCCACAUUUCCCACGUGAACCCGGCUGCCGAGGAAGAUCUCAAGAAAGUCAAACUGCCCAAAAACUACGUGAUGUCCAGUGGCUAUAAGCCAGCCCCUUUGGAUUUAUCUGAUGUGAAGCUGUUACCUCCACAAGAAAUAUUAGUGGAUAAGCUUGCAGAGAAUGCACAUAAUGUUUGGGCAAAAGACAGAAUAAAACAAGGAUGGACCUACGGCAUUCAACAGGAUUUGAAGAACAGAAGAAACCCCCGCCUGGUGCCGUAUGCGUUACUAGAUGAACGUACCAAGAAGUCGAACAGAGACAGCCUCCGCGAAGCUGUCCGGACGUUUGUUGGUUAUGGAUAUAACAUUGAGCCAUCAGAUCAAGAACUAGCUGACCCUGCCGUGGAGAAAGUCAGCAUAGACAAGAUCCGAUUUUUCCGGGUCCAGCGGUCUUACGCAGUGCGAUCUGGAAAGUGGUAUUUUGAGUUUGAAGUGGUGACCGGAGGAGACAUGCGAGUCGGCUGGGCCAGGCCAGGUUGCAGGCCGGACGUGGAGCUGGGGGCUGAUGACCAAGCCUUUGUGUUUGAAGGCAGCAGGGGCCAGCGAUGGCAUCAAGGGAGCGGCUAUUUUGGGCGUACCUGGCAGCCAGGCGAUGUGGUUGGAUGCAUGAUUAACUUAGAUGACGCUUCGAUGAUCUUCACACUGAAUGGAGAGCUGCUGAUCACAAGCAAAGGCUCUGAACUAGCCUUCGCGGACUACGAGCUGGAGAACGGCUUUGUGCCCAUCUGCUCCCUGGGGCUCGCCCAGAUUGGCCGCAUGAACCUGGGGAUGGAUGCCACAAACCCAAUGGACAUGUUUUCCAAUCAUCAGUUCCCCCAGCGAGAAGCAGAUGUGUUCCUGUCUGUGGUGAGGAUAGACAGCACUCUGGACAGGCCUCCGUGCCUCAAGGUGUCCCACAAGACGUUCGGCACACAGAACAGCCGCGCCAGCAUGAUCUACUGCCGCCUGAGCAUGCCCGUGGAGUGCCACUCCUCCUUCAGCCACAGCCCCUGUCUGGACAGCGAGACCUUCCAGAAAAGGAAACAGACGCAAGAGAGCCUCUCUCAUACAACAACACAGUGCUACUACGCAAUUCGCAUCUUCGCUGGACAGGACCCCUCCUGUGUCUGGGUUGGAUGGGUGACCCCAGACUAUCACUUGUACAGUGACAAGUUUGACCUGAAUAAAAACUGCACAGUGACCGUGACUCUGGGAGAUGAGAGGGGCCGAGUCCAUGAAAGUGUGAAACGCAGCAACUGCUACAUGGUCUGGGGUGGGGACAUUGUGGCCAACUCCCAAAGAUCAAGCCGCAGUAACGUGGACCUGGAGAUCGGCUGCCUCUUGGAUCUGGCGAUGGGCAUGCUGUCCUUCUCCGCCAAUGGGAGAGAACUUGGCACCUGCUACCAGGUGGAGCCCAACACCAAAGUGUUUCCCGCGGUCUUCCUGCAGCCCACCAGCACGUCUCUGUUUCAGUUUGAGCUUGGGAAGCUGAAGAAUGCCAUGCCCCUGUCGGCUGCCAUCUUUAAGAGCGAAGAGAAGAACCUGGUCCCAGAGUGUCCGCCUCGGCUAGACGUCCAGACCAUCCAGCCGGUGCUCUGGAGCCGCAUGCCCAGCAGCUUCCUGAAGGUGGAGACGGAGCGGGUGAGCGAGCGCCACGGCUGGGCGGUCCAGUGCCUGGAGCCCCUGCAGAUGAUGGCACUCCACAUCCCGGAGGAGAACCGGUGUGUGGAUGUCCUGGAGCUCUGUGAGCAGGAGGACUUGAUGCGAUUCCAUUACCACACGCUGAGACUCUACAGCGCCGUGUGCGCCCUGGGAAACAGCCGAGUAGCCUACGCCCUGUGCAGCCAUGUAGACCUCUCCCAGCUCUUCCACACCAUUGACAACAAGUACCUCCCUGGCCUCCUUCGAUCUGGGUUCUACGAUCUCCUCAUCAGCAUCCACCUGGCCCAUGCUAAGGAGAGGAAGCUGAUGAUGAAGAAUGAGUAUAUCAUCCCCAUUACCAGUACCACCCGGAAAAUUUGCCUGUACCCAGACCAGUCCAAGAGGCAUGGGCUGCCUGGGGUGGGCCUGAGGACAUGCCUCAAGCCAGGGUUCGGGUUCUCCACCCCUUGCUUCGUUGCGACCAGUGAGGAGCACCAGACGCAGAGCCCUGAGAUCCCCUUGGGGAUUCUCAAGACCAAGGCGCUGAGCAUGCUGACUGAAGCCGUGCAGUGCAGUGGAGCGCACAUCCGGGACCCUGUUGGGGGCUCUGUGGAGUUCCAGUUUGUGCCUGUGCUGAAGCUCAUCGGCACGCUGCUGGUCAUGGGGGUGUUUGAUGAUGACGACGUCCGGCGGAUCCUUCUGCUGAUUGACCCCUGUGUGUUUGGAGAGCACAGUGGGGCAGCAACGGAGCAGGGAGCCGAAAAGGAGGAAGUGUCCCAGGUGGAGGAGAAGGCAGUGGAGGCUGGGGAAAAGGCCAGCAAGGAGGCCCAGGCGCCAGUCAAAGGCUUGUUGCAGACCCGGCUACCUGAGUCCGUCAAACUGCAGAUGUGUGCGCUUCUCAGCUACCUCUGUGACUGCGAGCUGCAGCACCGCGUGGAGGCCAUUGUGGCAUUUGGUGACAUCUAUGUCUCCAAGCUCCAAGCGAACCAGAAGUUCCGCUACAACGAGCUCAUGCAGGCUCUGAAUAUGUCUGCAGCCCUGACCGCCCGGAAGACCAGGGAAUUCCGCUCACCCCCACAGGAGCAGAUCAACAUGCUUGUCAACUUUCAACUAGGCGAGACCUGCCCCUGCCCAGAUGAGAUCCGGGAAGAACUCUACGAGUUUCAUGAGGAUCUUCUCCUUCACUGUGGAGUUCCCCUGGAGGAAGAAGAGGAGGAGGAGGAGGACACCUCCUGGACAGGAAAACUCUGGGCCUUGGUGCAUAAAAUCAAAGGCCUAUCCAAGCCAGAGAAGAAGGAGCCCACCGAGGAAGAGCACAGAUCCCCUACCACACUGAAGGAGCUCAUCUCCCAGACCAUGAUCAGCUGGGCCCAGGAGGACCAGAUUCAGGAUGCCGAGCUUGUUCGGAUGAUGUUCAACCUCCUGCGGAGGCAAUACGACAGCAUCGGGGAGCUGCUGCAGGCCCUGCGGAAGACGUACACCAUCAGCCAGGCCUCUGUGAGCGACACCAUCAGUCUGCUGGCUGCCCUGGGCCAGAUCCGCUCCCUCCUCAGUGUCAGGAUGGGCAAGGAGGAAGAGCUGCUCAUGAUCAAUGGGCUGGGCGACAUCAUGAACAACAAAGUGUUUUACCAGCAUCCCAACCUCAUGAGAGUCCUCGGCAUGCACGAGACGGUGAUGGAUGUGAUGGUGAACGUCCUGGGUGCGGAGAGAUCUCAGCACUUGAGCUACCUGCUGGAAAACAGCAGUGUGGGCCUGGCCUCCCCGUCCAUGAGAGGGUACACCCCGCUGGAUGUGGCAGCGUCUUCCGUCAUGGACAACAAUGAGUUAGCACUGGCCUUAGAGGAACCAGACCUCGAGAAGAUCCAAAACGCUAGUGUCGUCGUCAAGCUGCUCAUCAGACGCCCGGAGUGCUUCGGCCCAGCUCUGCGCGGGGAAGGAGGAAACGGUCUGCUGGCCGCCAUGCAGGGUGCCAUUAAGAUCUCGGAGAACCCGGCCCUUGACCUCCCCUCCCUGGGAUACAAGAGAGACCUCAUCCAGACAGGAAAAGGGGAAGCCAUCCGAAUCAGGUCGAUCCUACGCUCCCUGGUCCCCACAGAAGACUUGGUCGGGAUCAUUAGCAUCCCCCUGAAGCUGCCUUCACUGAACAGAGAUGGGUCAGUCAGCGAGCCAGACAUGGCGGCCAACUUCUGCCCUGACCACAAGGCCCCCAUGGUGCUCUUCCUGGACCGAGUCUACAGCAUUAAGGACCAGACUUUCCUGCUCCAUUUACUGGAGGUCGGAUUUUUACCUGACCUACGAGCCUCUGCCUCUCUAGACACCGUUUCCCUGAGCACCACGGAGGCGGCCCUUGCCUUGAAUCGGUAUAUCUGCUCGGCCGUGCUCCCGCUCCUCACGAGAUGCGCCCCUCUGUUCUCUGGGACAGAACACUGCACCUCUUUGAUUGAUUCUACUCUGCAAACGAUAUACAGGCUUUCCAAGGGACGGUCCCUCACCAAAGCACAGAGGGACACCAUCGAAGAAUGUUUGCUUGCCAUUUGCAACCACCUGAGGCCUUCCAUGUUACAGCAACUCCUGCGGCGUCUUGUCUUUGAUGUGCCGCUCCUUAACGAAUACUGCAAAAUGCCGCUUCAGCUUCUGAGCAAUCACUACGAACAGUGCUGGAAGUACUACUGUCUGCCUUCGGGGUGGGGCAGCUACGGCCUUGCUGUGGAAGAAGAACUGCACCUAACCGAGAAGCUUUUCUGGGGCAUUUUUGACUCCCUUUCCCAUAAGAAGUAUGACCCAGAUCUCUUCCGCAUGGCCCUGCCUUGUCUCAGCGCCAUCGCCGGGGCCCUGCCCCCAGAUUAUCUAGAUACGAGAACCAUCGCCACGCUGGAGAAGCAGGUCUCAGUGGAUGCGGACGGGAACUUUGACCCCAAACCUAUCAGCACCAUGCAUUUUUCCUUGCCUGAAAAAUUGGAAUACGUCGUCACCAAGUAUGCUGAGCAUUCCCAUGAUAAAUGGGCCUGUGACAAGAGUCAGAGUGGAUGGAAAUACGGAAUUUCCUUGGAUGAAAAUGUGAAGACUCACCCACUGAUAAGACCUUUCAAGACAUUAACAGAGAAGGAAAAGGAAAUGUAUCGCUGGCCUGCCCGGGAGUCCCUCAAAACCAUGCUGGCUGUGGGCUGGACCGUGGAGAGGACCAAAGAGGGCGAAGCCUUAGUUCAACAGCGAGAAAAUGAGAAACUUCGAAGCAUGUCCCAGGCCAGCCAGGGCAAUAGCUACAACCCUGCUCCCCUUGACCUCUCGAAUGUGGUGCUUUCCAGAGAACUCCAGGGAAUGGUGGAGGUCGUGGCUGAGAACUACCACAAUACCUGGGCCAAGAAGAAGAAGCUGGAACUGGAGAGCAAAGGUGGCGGCAGUCACCCCCUGUUGGUGCCAUAUGACACCUUGACUGCCAAGGAAAAAUUCAGGGACCGAGAGAAGGCGCAGGACCUGUUUAAAUUCCUCCAGGUGAACGGCGUUGUGGUUUCCAGGGGUGUGAAGGAUAUGGAGCUGGAUGCUUCAUCCAUGGAAAAGAGGUUUGCCUAUAAAUUUUUGAAGAAAAUCCUGAAAUAUGUUGAUUCCGCUCAAGAGUUUAUUGCCCACUUAGAAGCCGUUGUCAGCAGCGGGAAAACGGAAAGGUCCCCUCAUGACCAGGAGAUCAAGUUCUUUGCCAAAGUCCUCCUCCCUCUGGUUGACCAGUACUUCACCAACCACUGCCUGUACUUCCUGUCAUCGCCCCUGAAGCCCCUCAGCAGUGGUGGGUAUGCAUCGCAUAAGGAGAAAGAGAUGGUGGCCAGCCUCUUCUGCAAACUCGCUGCCCUUGUUAGACAUAGGAUUUCGCUCUUCGGGAGUGAUUCUGCCACCAUGGUGAGCUGCCUGCACAUCUUAGCCCAGACACUUGACACAAGGACAGUCAUGAAGUCAGGCUCGGAGCUGGUGAAGGCGGGGUUCCGUGCAUUCUUUGAACAUGCUGCAGAAGACUUGGAGAAGACGUCAGCAAACCUGAAGCUUGGGAAGUUUACUCACUCCAGAACACAGAUUAAGGGCGUUUCUCAGAACAUUAACUACACCACGGUGGCUCUGCUGCCCAUCCUGACGUCCAUCUUUGAGCACGUCGCUCAGCAUCAGUUUGGGGUGGAUUUGCUCCUGGGCGAUGUGCAGAUUUCAUGCUACCGCAUCUUGUGCAGCCUCUACUCCCUUGGGACAGGAAAGAACAUCUAUGUUGAAAGGCAACGUCCUGCCCUUGGAGAGUGCCUGGCCUCGCUGGCAGCAGCCAUACCCGUGGCAUUCUUGGAGCCUGCCCUGAACCGCUACAAUCCGCUCUCUGUCUUCAACACCAAAACCCCAAGAGAGAGGUCGCUUCUGGGGAUGCCAGAGAUUGCGGAGGACAUGUGUCCCGACAUCCCCCAACUGGAAGGUCUGAUGAAGGAAAUCAACGACCUGGCCGAGUCGGGGGCCCGGUACACCGAGAUGCCCCACGUCAUCGAGGUGAUCUUGCCCAUGCUCUGCAACUACCUAUCCUACUGGUGGGAGCGGGGCACAGAGAACCUGCCCCCCAGCACAGGGCCCUGCUGCACCCAGGUCACCUCUGAGCACCUGAGCGUCAUCCUGGGCAACAUUCUGAAAAUCCUCAACAGUAACCUGGGCAUCGACGAGGCCUCCUGGAUGAAGCGCAUUGCAGUGUAUGUCCAGCCCAUCAUCAGCAAGGCCAGGCCUGACCUACUAAGAAGCCACUUUCUCCCCACUCUGGAGAAGCUGAAGAAAAAGGCCAUCAAGAUAGUGCAAGAGGAGGAGCAGCUGAAAGCCGACAGCAAAGGGGACACCCAGGAGGCAGAGCUCCUGAUCCUGGAUGAGUUCGCUGUCCUCUGCAGAGACCUGUAUGCCUUCUACCCCAUGCUGAUUCGCUACGUGGACAACAACAGGUCUAACUGGCUCAAAAGCCCGGAUGCUGAUUCUGACCAGCUCUUCCGCAUGGUGGCCGAGGUCUUCAUCUUGUGGUGCAAAUCGCAUAACUUCAAGAGGGAAGAGCAAAAUUUUGUGAUUCAAAAUGAAAUUAAUAACUUGGCGUUUUUAACUGGAGACAGCAAAAGCAAGAUGUCAAAAGCCAUGCAAGUAAAGUCCGGCGGACAAGACCAAGAGCGGAAGAAGACGAAGCGGAGGGGAGACCUGUACUCUAUCCAGACCUCCCUCAUCGUGGCUGCGCUCAAGAAGAUGCUGCCCAUCGGCUUGAAUAUGUGCACGCCAGGUGACCAGGAGCUGAUCUCCCUGGCGAAAUCACGAUACAGCUACAGAGACACAGAUGAAGAAGUCAAGGGGCAUCUGAGGAACAACUUACACCUGCAGGAAAAGUCUGAGGACCCAGCUGUAAAGUGGCAGCUGAAUCUCUACAAGGAUGUUCCGAAGAGUGAAGAGCCUUCCGAUCCAGAAAAGACCGUGGAGCGCGUGCAGCGAAUUUCAGCAGCUGUCUUUCACCUGGAGCAGGUGGAACAACCUUUGAGGUCCAAGAAAGCCGUCUGGCACAAACUGUUGUCCAAGCAACGGAAACGGGCAGUGGUGGCCUGUUUCCGGAUGGCUCCUCUCUACAACUUGCCCAGGCACCGCUCUAUUAACCUCUUCCUCCAUGGCUAUCAGAGAUUUUGGAUAGAAACAGAGGAGUAUUCUUUUGAAGAGAAACUAGUGCAGGAUUUGGCUAAAUCUCCCAAGGUGGAAGAGGAAGAGGAGGAAGAGAAGGAAAGGCAGCCGGACCCACUGCAUCAGAUCAUUCUCCAUUUCAGCCGCAACGCUCUCACGGAGAGGAGCAAAUUGGAAGAUGACCCUUUGUAUACCUCCUAUUCCAGCAUGAUGGCCAAGAGUUGUCAGGGUGGUGAAGACGAAGAAGAGGAAGACAAGGAAAAAACAUUUGAAGAGAAAGAGAUGGAGAAGCAGAAAACCCUCUACCAACAAGCCCGGCUGCAUGAGCGUGGCGCAGCCGAGAUGGUCCUUCAGAUGAUAAGUGCCAGCAAAGGUGAGAUGAGCCCCAUGGUGGUGGAGACGCUGAAGCUGGGCAUCGCCAUUCUGAACGGAGGCAACGCUGGGGUCCAACAGAAAAUGCUAGAUUACCUAAAGGAGAAGAAGGAUGCUGGAUUCUUCCAGAGCCUUUCUGGGCUCAUGCAGUCUUGCAGCGUCCUUGAUUUGAAUGCAUUUGAAAGGCAGAAUAAAGCGGAAGGCCUGGGGAUGGUUACUGAAGAAGGCACACUCAUUGUCCGCGAGUGCGGUGACAAGGUGCUGCAGAAUGACGAGUUUACUCGAGAUCUGUUUAGAUUCCUGCAGUUGCUUUGUGAAGGACACAACAGCGAUUUUCAGAACUUCUUGCGGACUCAGAUGGGCAACACCACCACUGUGAACGUCAUCAUCAGUACCGUGGACUACCUUCUGCGCCUGCAGGAAUCAAUCAGUGAUUUCUACUGGUAUUAUUCAGGGAAGGACGUCAUUGAUGAAUCUGGACAGCACAACUUUUCCAAAGCGCUCGUGGUCACCAAGCAGAUUUUCAAUUCCCUCACAGAGUAUAUCCAGGGCCCUUGCAUUGGGAACCAGCAGAGCCUGGCUCACAGUAGGCUGUGGGAUGCAGUGGUCGGCUUCCUCCAUGUAUUUGCUAACAUGCAGAUGAAACUCUCUCAGGAUUCCAGUCAGAUCGAGCUGCUGAAGGAACUCUUGGAUCUCCUUCAGGACAUGGUGGUGAUGCUUCUGUCCCUCUUGGAAGGGAAUGUGGUAAAUGGAACGAUUGGCAAGCAGAUGGUUGACACACUGGUAGAGUCAUCUGCCAAUGUAGAAAUGAUCUUGAAAUUCUUUGACAUGUUCUUGAAACUUAAAGACUUAACCAGCUCGGAAACCUUCAAAGAAUAUGACCCCGAUGGUAAAGGGAUUAUCUCCAAAAAAGAAUUCCAGAAGGCCAUGGAAGGGCAAAAGCAGUACACGCCCACAGAGAUCGACUUCCUCCUCUCGUGUGCAGAAGCCGACGAGAAUGACAUGUUUAAUUACAUUGAUUUCGUGGACCGGUUCCAUGAGCCUGCUAAGGACAUCGGGUUCAACGUGGCCGUGUUACUGACGAAUCUUUCGGAACACAUGCCCAACGAUUCUCGUCUGAAGUGCCUGUUGGACCCGGCAGAAAGCGUGCUGACUUACUUCGAGCCCUACCUGGGGCGCAUCGAGAUCAUGGGAGGGGCCAAGAAAAUCGAGCGCGUGUACUUCGAGAUCAGCGAAUGCAGUCGGACGCAGUGGGAGAAGCCCCAGGUGAAGGCGUCGAAGCGCCAGUUCAUCUUUGAUGUCGUCAACGAAGGCGGGGAGCAAGAAAAGAUGGAACUGUUUGUGAACUUCUGUGAGGACACCAUCUUUGAAAUGCAGUUAGCAUCGCAGAUCUCGGAAUCGGAUUCCGCUGACAGACAGGAGGAGGAGGAGGAGGAGGAGAAGCAGGAGGAAAAAGAGAAGGGGGAGGGGGAGGAAGAUUCCCGCACAUCAGGAGUGGAGAGCGAUGAGGAGGAAGAUCCCUCCUGGGAGUCUGCGUCGGCAUUUGCCAUGGCCUGUGCCUCCGUGAAGAGACACGUGGCCGGGGGUCUGAAGAGGGCAACGCGGACGAAUCUCAGGAAGCAGUACAGGAAGGUCAAGAAGAUGACCGUGAGGGAGCUGGGGAGAGUGGUCUCCUCGUUCUUCUGGAUGUUGUUCGUGGGGCUCUUCCAGGGGUUCUUCGCCGUCUUGGGAGGAGUCUUUCAGAUCCUCUGGAACACAGUGUUUGGAGGGGGCCUGGUCGAAGGGGCCAAGAACAUCAGAGUGACCAAGAUCCUGGGGGACAUGCCUGACCCGACUCAAUUUGGGAUACAUGAUGAUGUUAUGGAAGCCGAGAGGGCAGAAGUGACUGAGCCAGCUGUCACCACGGAACCAGGGCACUUCGGAAAGGGGGUGAAGGGUGACGUGGAGGUCAUGUCCGAUCUCUUUGGACUCCACUCAAAGAAAGAUGGCAGCGUCAAGCAUGGGCCCGAAGUAGGUUUGGGGGACCUCUCUGAGAUUAUUGGCAAGGAUGAACCCCCUACCUUAGAGAAUACUGUGCAGAAGAAAAGGAAAGCGCAGGUGGCAGAGCUGAAAGUCCGUGAAGCAGAGGGCAAGGCAGAGUCUGAGAAAGCAGACAUGGAAGAUGGGGAGAAGGAAGACAAAAACAAAGAGGAGGAGCAAGCUGAGUACCUUUGGGCAGAAGUGACAAAGAAAAAGAAGCGGCGGCGAGGCCAGAAAAUUGAGAAGCCUGAAGCCUUCAUGGCCAACUUCUUUAAAGGGCUGGAAAUCUAUCAGACCAAGCUACUGCAUUACCUGGCCAGGAAUUUCUACAACCUGAGGUUCCUGGCUCUGUUUGUAGCCUUCGCUAUCAACUUCAUCCUGCUCUUUUACAAGGUCACCGAGGACCCUUCAGAAGAAGACCCGGAGGAUGCUGCAAAUCUGUGGAAUUCCUUCACCGACGAGGAAGAGGAGGAGGCGAUGGUGUUCUUUGUCCUGCAGGAGAGCACUGGUUACAUGGCUCCGACGCUGCGGGCCUUGGCCGUGGUCCACACCGUCAUCUCCUUGGUCUGUGUGGUGGGCUACUAUUGCCUGAAGGUCCCGUUGGUGGUAUUCAAGAGAGAAAAAGAAAUUGCCCGGAAGCUAGAAUUUGAUGGCUUAUAUAUCACUGAACAGCCAUCGGAAGAUGACAUUAAGGGCCAAUGGGACCGACUGGUAAUCAACACACCCUCUUUUCCUAAUAACUAUUGGGACAAGUUUGUCAAGAGAAAGGUGAUCAACAAGUACGGCAAUCUCUAUGGAACAGAACGCAUUGCUGAACUCCUGGGACUGGACAAAAAUGCCCUUGAUUUUAGCCCCGUGGAAGAGACUGUAGCGAAGGAGGAGGCUUCUCUGGUGUCAUGGCUAAGUUCUGUCGACAUGAAGUACCAUAUUUGGAAGCUUGGAGUUGUUUUUACUGACAAUUCCUUUCUCUACCUUGCCUGGUAUACAACCAUGUCCUUCCUGGGCCACUACAACAACUUUUUCUUUGCGGCUCAUCUGCUGGAUAUUGCAAUGGGUUUUAAGACAUUGAGAACCAUCCUGUCUUCUGUGACUCACAAUGGCAAACAGUUGGUCCUGACUGUAGGCCUCCUGGCUGUGGUGGUUUACCUCUAUACUGUGGUGGCUUUCAACUUCUUCCGGAAGUUCUACAACAAAGGUGACGACGACGACGAGCCCGACAUGAAGUGUGACGACAUGAUGACGUGUUACCUGUUCCAUAUGUAUGUGGGAGUGAGAGCCGGGGGUGGCAUUGGUGAUGAAAUCGAAGAUCCUGCUGGUGACCCUUAUGAAAUUUAUCGUAUUGUCUUUGACAUUACCUUCUUCUUCUUCGUCAUUGUCAUCUUGUUGGCCAUCAUUCAAGGUCUCAUUAUCGAUGCUUUUGGAGAGCUAAGAGACCAGCAGGAACAAGUACGAGAAGAUAUGGAGACUAAAUGUUUCAUCUGUGGAAUUGGCAAUGACUACUUUGACACAACGCCUCAUGGUUUUGAGACACAUACAUUACAAGAGCACAACUUAGCCAACUACUUGUUCUUUUUGAUGUAUUUGAUUAAUAAAGAUGAAACGGAGCACACUGGUCAGGAAUCGUAUGUCUGGAAGAUGUACCAAGAAAGGUGUUGGGACUUCUUCCCAGCUGGUGACUGCUUUCGUAAACAGUACGAAGAUCAGCUGGGAUAAAUCUCAACCACAGAAGCUCCACGAUUGGGGGAUGGUCAGCUUCCAGAGAAUAAAAUCCUCCUCUUACACUUCUGCAACAUAUUUGAAAUGUGAUGUUUUCUAAAUGCCUUUACAAGAAAGUAUUUGUUUAAAAAAAUCGGUGAUAUUUUUGAAAUCGGUUUGGGUUUUUCGUGCCUAUGGGAGAUGACCUGUCAAUGGCAAGUCAAGGGAUGUUUUGCUGGAUGCCUUCAAGUUUUUCUGUUCUGAUGUAUAACGUGUUGGUUAAGAUGAGGGCAUUGAAGGAAGGAUAACGUUUUAAUGCCUAAUACCUAAAUUUUUAAACACUUGAAUGUCAUAUGACAGUGUCCCACUAGUGACUCAUGACCUGAACUACAGAAAAACAAUUUUCUAAAUUUCUCAUGGUACUUGCUAAGUGAAUGUAUUCAGAAUCAGCUUAAAAACUAAGCAGUUAAAUAGAGGAAAAAAAACCUACACUUUGUCGACACUGAAAUAUCGAUUAAGUGCCUUAAAAUCUCUUUAGACAUAGCUAUGCAAGUUUUUUAUGUUUGUGUUCUAGGUGGACAGUUCCAUUAAUUAGUUGUGAUCUUACUUUAUGAAACUGCACUUGAAGGUUACUUUUUUUUUUUUUUUAAGUAACAGCUUGUCAACUGCUGUUAUUAGAAGAUAAGUACUGUACUGAAAAAUUCUAACGCCAAAAUCGAGUAAUGCUUUCAUGGUCCCUUGUAAGUAGUGAAGCUGCUACGUUUAAGUGAACCUCCUCAAAUAAAAAUAAAGUGCCCAUUGCAAUAAAGUAAUACACACCAA